GAUCUUUCGCGGCAUGGGUGGAAAAAAAUGACCUUGCUAAGUAUUAUUCAUGCAAACACUUUUGUUUCUCGAAAUCUAGAUUAAUUAGUCUUAUAUACAGUUUGCAGUUUAGGUAUACGGUUGAAAUUAAUCGUGGGUCCUUCUGAAACUGAAAUGUGGUGGAGUGGGAGUUGCUGUGGUCGAUCAACUCCUCACCCUAUCCUCAACAUAAAUGUUUUCCCGGACGAAAAAUAUUUGGUGGUUCAUACAUUUUUUUGGUGUUUAUUGUGGGGUAUGUGAAAUUCAUCUUUAGCUACAGGGGGAGCGAAUCUGAUUCGAGCUGGAUAACGAUCUGCCAUUUUUACCCUAAUUUUAGAGCUGCGAUUCUUUUACCACUGUAAUUGGCAUGAAUAUGGCUUAUUUUGCUUGUUUCUAUCGACAUCACCAUACGCUUAAACCGUUCUGGGUUGUUGUGAGAUAUGGGGUCACAUAAUUAAACACACAUUCUUUUUUCCAAAACAAUUUAUUGAUAAUGAUUCACUGUCAAGCAUCAGGUAAAUAGACACUUAUAUUCUCGGGCAAAAGAAAUUUUGAAUCUAAUAGCAAUAAAAUUCUGUGCCGAAAUCGUUUUUGGAAUAUCAGUAAAGAGUUUCGCGGAAUGAAGCUUCGGCAUAUAAAUUGUCCGCUCCGUGUAAGCAUAAGAUUACGACUAAUAUAUAUUUUAAUUGAAAACUUGAUUUGGUACGACAAGCCAAGUCUUCAACGUUUUGACUAUACACGUAGACUAGAGGGAAAUGCGUGUGUAACAACGAGUCACACGCUGGACUGACUGGUAGGCAAGCAAGUUUUUUUUCUUGUUGAGGAGUGAGGACAUCAUCGUUUGGUUGUAAGAAAGUCAAAACAGAUGAGAGAAUGGUGCAAUGCCGAAGGCGAACUGGAAUCGAUUUGCAUGGCUGUAAAGGGGAAUGGGCAUGUUAAAUACAAUUCCCGUCGCCACAACCAAACCCAAACUGUACAUAAACAAUAUAGGAUUAAAUGGCGUCUUCUUGCCAUAGCAGGAAAAGAUUAAGUAGGGCCCCUUUCUCUCCGUUUGGUUGCCGUAGCGACGAAGGAAAUGACUUUAUUGGGUAUUGAAGAAAUUACCAGUGGAGAUUUGGUUACUCCUUGAAUCGGUAAUGGAUGCUAAAAUCUUCAGCAAUGGAAUGAUUAGUUUGAGUAACCUUGAGGGGCGCAAUAAGGCUAUAGUCACAUAUUCGGAAGGCGAUGUUGGGCAGGAAGGUAGUUACAGCAGGACUAAUGAAUGGGCUCAGAGGCAAAAUCACCACUACGCGGAUUCGAGUUCAACUUCUGCGUCAAAUGAAAUUGAAUCUUGGCCUUCGCACGUGAACACCGAAUCAAAUAAUGGCGAAUUUUUGGCGGGGAGCUCAGAAAGUGAUUCAAAAGAUACAGGAAAGGCACUGGUAGUGGCUAUGGCCAGUGGAUCAGGAUCUGUCGCUCUUCCAAAUAAUGAAGAAACAUUUCAUUCCAUUUCUGCAUUUCAAUUGGAAAAGCAGGGCCUUUCGAUAUCAGGUCCCCCAUCUCCUUCUCAAGGCCUAGGGCGUUCUCAAACAGCUCCUAGCAGAUUUCAUCACUGUGACUGUCAACUAGAUGAGAACAACAAUCUUAAUCUAGGUGGGUCUAAGACAGAGAAAAAGGAGAGCCAGAAGCAUAAUAUUAAAUCAUCUAGCGUGCAAUUGGACAAGCUAUCUGAGCGUGAAAAGAAAAUACUCAUUGAGAACCUUGCCAAAAUAAAAAAUGAUGGCACUGUGGAAGUUGAUGUUGCUCGUAGUGCUCCAGUUGCAUCAGAAUUGCUUGGUUUAGAUGUGCCUGAUACAAGACCUGACAAUCUAGUGGAUGAAGGAGAUCAACAUGUCAAAGCAAUCCCAAAGUUGAAUAUUGCAAUGCUUAUUGUGGGCACUAGGGGAGAUGUUCAACCUUUUGUUGCUAUAGCAAAACGCCUCCAGGAGUACGGACACCAUGUUCGACUGGCAACACAUGCUAAUUUUCGUUCAUUUGUAACUACCUCUGGGAUUGAAUUCUACCCUCUGGGAGGAGAUCCAAGGGCUUUAGCAGAAUACAUGGCGAGGAAUAAGGGGUUUCUACCUUCAGGGCCAUCAGAAAUUUCCUUUCAAAGGAAACAGUUGAAAGCUAUUGUCAAUUCAUUACUUCCUGCAUGUACUGAACCCGAUAUUGAUUCAGGCGCUCCAUUUAGAGCUCAAGCAAUUAUUGCAAAUCCUCCUGCAUAUGGACAUGUACAUGUGGCAGAAGCUCUCCAUGUGCCUCUACAUAUUUUCUUUACAAUGCCUUGGACGCCCACAGCUGAAUUUCCUCAUCCUUUGGCACGAGGAACACAAAGUGCUGGUUAUUGGUUAUCGUAUUUGGUUGUGGACAUAUUAAUAUGGUGGGGAAUAAGAGGUAUUAUAAAUGAUUUGAGGAAGAAGAAGCUGAAACUUCCUCCUAUAGCAUACCUGAGUGCGUACUAUGGGUCAAUCUCUGAUUUGCCAACGGGAUACAUGUGGAGUCCACAUCUUGUACCAAAGCCAAAAGACUGGGGACACUUAGUGGAUGUAGUUGGCUAUUGUUUCUUGAACUCGGGAACUAAUUAUAGCCCCCGUGAAAAAUUUCUUCAGUGGCUUCAAGAUGGUCCAAAACCUGUAUAUGUUGGCUUCGGGAGCAUGCCUCUUGAAGAUCCAUUGAAGACUACCAGGAUCAUCCUUGAAGCAUUAAAAGAGACAGGUCAACGAGGAAUUAUCGACAAAGGAUGGGGCAACCUUGGAAAUUUUGAUGAAAUUCCAAAGCAUGUCUUCCUUCUUGAAGAUUGUCCACAUGAUUGGCUGUUCCCUCAAUGUGUUGCUGUGGUUCACCAUGGCGGAGCUGGUACAACAGCUGCAGGUUUGAGAGCAGGGUGCCCAACAACAAUUGUACCAUUUUUUGGUGACCAAUACUUUUGGGGUGAUAGGGUUCAUGAUAGAGGAGUUGGACCUGCACCUAUUCCCAUCAGCCAACUAACAAUGGAGGCACUUUGUGAGGCCAUAAGAUUCAUGCUUGAUCCACAGGUGAAAAUGAAGGCUGUUGAGUUGGCGAAACAUAUUGAAGAAGAGGAUGGUGUUGUGGCAGCUGUAAAUGCUUUCCACAAACACCUACCAACAGCAUUGCCAGAGUCUGAACCGACUCCAGAAUCUCCGAGUGUUUUGGAAUGCAUUUUCACCACAUUAGAGAGAUGGUUCUGUUUUCCUUGCAUCACCUAAAUAAUAUUCUGAUGUACAUUAGCUUUAGUCUUACAAUUGUUGUCCAAAUGUAGGAUUAGUAUGUGAGGUACAUUAUCAUUAGUUUUACAAUUGUUGUCCAUAUGUAGCUUGAGUAUAUGAGGUCCAUUUUUUCUUGCCUGAUGUAUUAUUUUUUAUAAAGGCAGCAUGCAUGUACAAUAGGCCCUUCCCAUUUAUGACGAAGAAAUUGAAAUUCAUAUUCUUCUUUUUGCUUCAGUUUUGAUAACAUUGUAACAUAAUUUCUUUCCACUUCCUUGUAAGGUUUACAUGUUUUAUCCAUUCAUAAUAUAUUACUCCCAAAAUAAAGGCAAAAGUCCUUUGCUUUUCUCAAGGGUUUCACCUUAA